GAUAUACACAACAAGUGGGCCAUCGUGUCCUCCCUUCAUAUAUGAUGAAUCACUUCUCAUUGUUUCUUCCGCCCUAAACCACCGCUCCCACAACGUACACCACCACCGCAGCUGGCAAGCUUCUCGACAGAAGCUCUAAUUAUUCAUCACUCUGGCCGCUGUCACGGUGGUGAACCCUGGUUAUUCUUCCAAAAGACUUGGCGGCUACGCGUCUGAAACCACCGCUUUUUCAAUCUCCGGCAACCGUCUUUUUCUCUUUUCACCAUAUUCACCUCUAUCUCUUCUUCGCCAAUUGCCGAUCGAUUAUGGCUAAUAUUGAUUGAUUCUAUAUCGAAUUUAUUCCUCCAUCAAACAUAAAUCUGUUUUUCUUCUGGGAUUCUUUUUAUUGUUUAAUUGCUCUCUCUCUCUCUCUCUCUCUCUCUCUCUCUCUCUCUCUCUCAAUAAAAAUCCAUGCCGAUUAUCUGUUGCUUUCCUUCGUUAACAGGGAGGAAUAAGAAAAACAAGGAGGAGAAUGAUAAUAAUAAAAUUAUGCAAGUGAAAUUACAACACUUGGAGAAGCCUGUAGAUAUAAAGGAUUUUGACCAAAAGUCAAAGUCAAAGUCAACUUUCAGUGUAGAUGUACCCUUCUCUGUACCAAAGACUUCAACCUGCAACGUGAAGGUUGUCAGCCAUGAAAGCCCUGUAAAAGCUCAGCUUCAAGAAGAAGAAGAAGAAGCAUAUGAAGGGGAAGAUGAAUACGAAAGGGAUUAUUUUAACUCCGAUCACCAUCGCAGCUGCGAAAUUUCCAUCUGUAAAACGCCGAUUCAAGAACCAGAAGAAUACAGAGACACGGAUAUCGAUAAUCAUCAAAACAAUUCAUCGGAUAUAGAGAUGGAUGAAGAUGGACAUUUAAGUGAUCCUGGAGCUUCUAAAACGCCAUUUUUAGCGUCUCCGAAGCUGAAACGAUCGUGUUCGAAUCUAGAAACGAAAAGGGUAUUGCCGAUGAAUCGGAUCGCUCCUUGCGAGUCGUUUGAAGAUUUGCAGAAAUUGGGAGACGGUUGUAUAAGUCCUGUUUCGGUAACGAGUAAUUACAGCGCAGAUAAAGUGAUUUUACGAAAGUGUUCUUCAAGUCAGAUCUUACCAUCGAAAAGCAGAAAGCUAUGGUGGAAGUUGUUAUUAUGGAGUCACCGGAAUCUUCAUGAACCGAUUAAAGGCGUUCAAAACAUGCUUCUCCUAACCAACCAACAAGGUGGAUACUCAUCGGAUCUGGAACCAAACAGACGACUCGAAAAGUCAAAAUCAAAGCUUCCAAAAUCAGAAAAUAUCAACAACGUCGGAGAUCUCCGGUGGAAUUCGUUUCAUCAAGGCUCUGGUUUCUGGCCGCAGAACCAGUGGAUGGCGUUUCCGGCGGGAUCACCAUCAUCGUCAUUGACGAGAGUAGAUGAAUGGGUUCAGGAAAUUCCAACAGAGCCUGGUAACAAAGAAGAAGAAGAGAAUGAAAUUACCUUUCCACCCUCGCCGGAAAACGGAAAAGCACCAGCGACAUCCAGAAACAACGAUCUUCCUGAAGAGAUUGCAUAUGCGAACAGAGUGAUACAGUCUUUAAAUUCUUCUUCAACAGUCGCUUACAUUUCUGGUAUAGGAUUAAAAGUGAUCCCAACAAUUUCCGUAUUUUCAUCUCUCCGAUCAGUCAACUUAUCUGGGAAUUCAAUAGUUCAUAUAACACCAGGAUCCUUACCAAAGGGUCUUCACAUUCUUGAUAUUUCAAGAAACAAGAUCAGUGCCAUUGAAGGCCUUCGAGAGCUAACACGUUUGAGGAUUCUUGAUUUGAGCUACAAUAGGAUUUCACGAAUUGGACAAGGGUUAUCGAAUUGUACAUUGAUUAAGGAGUUGUACCUUGCGGGAAACAAGAUAAGCAAUGUGGAGGGGCUACAUAGGCUAAGGAAGCUAACGAUUGUGGACUUGAGCUUCAACAAAAUAACAACAUCAAAAGCACUUGGACAACUUGUGGCAAAUUAUAACUCAUUGCAAGCUUUGAAUCUAUUAGGGAACCCAAGUCAAAGCAAUAUGAGUGAUGAUCAAAUGAGAAAAACACUUUGUGGGCUUCUUCCAAAACUAGCGUACCUCAACAAACAGCCCGUGAAUCCACAAAAGGCGAGGGAAGUUGCUAGAGAAGCUGUUGUGAAAGCUGCACUUGGGAAUGGUAGUUUGAGUGGUCGGAGAAGAUCUGUGAAGAGAAUUGGUAGUGUUGGAUCGUCUUCUUCGUUUAGCAGGCAUCGGGGUGGUGGUGGCGGUGGUGGUGGUCAGAAAGGAAGUGGGCGGCAUGGGGUGAAACCAUCUAGGGGUCGCCACCGGUCUAUAAAGUAAAUGUUGAUCGGUGUAACCAUCGAGCUUUUUGUAUGUUUUGGAUUGUGAAAUGUGAAUAAUUCAUUGUUGCUUUAAAAAAUAUUUAGAUAAUUAGAGAGGGAAAGAUAGAUGUUUCAUUUAUUUUCCACUAAUAAGUAUAUUCAAAAUGUUUCUAGGGUUUCAUGA